AGCAAUGCAAUUAAAUGAUGAAGAAAUAAAAAAAGUUGUUCGUAGCAAAUUCCAGAGACAUGCCGUUUCGCUCACCUGGAAAUGUUAUUUACAAAGACAGAGGCGCUGGCGCCUAUUGCUGGCCGAGACGCUAUUCGCAGCAGUGUUGCUGGUAAUAGCGGUACUGAUCGCCAAGCCGGUGUUCCUGACGCCGUUGCAGACCGAGCUGGAGCCACCGCUGGCCUCUGUGGACCUGUUCGCCUCCCUCCACUCCAGGAACGUGUUGGGAUACGCGCCCAACGAGGAGCAAUACGUCACCGUGAUGUCCAGAGCUGCGCAGCUUCUGCAAACUGAUAUGAUGGCUGCGGCGAGCGAAGAUGAUUUGAUAAACAGGCUCUAUGAAAUAUCCGGAGGCACUCCGCUUUCCAAUCCUGUUAUCUUCGUGAUAUGGAAGCCGAAGGAAGGUAAUGUGUGGAAGUUCAGUAUUAGGAGCACGGAGCGAGCGCGACACGCGAUCUUAGACGAAACUGAUCGUCCAAAUCCACAUCUGCGCGCCGGGUUCCUCGCCGUACAGGCUGCUGUUAGCCAGGCCGUCAUCGAACUCGCAAGCCCUGUUGUCCCCAAGUUCGAGGUCAGCCUCGUUUCCAUGCCAGUGUCUCCGCUCAUGCAAGAGCACCAGGUGCGGCGCGCAACGUCAGGCAUACUGCUUUGUCUUACGCUGGCACUCCUGCCGCCCGUGUUGGAGGCGCAAUCCCUGGUCGUUCACGAAACUAUCUCCAAACUAAAGCGAGGUUUCAGGAUUCGCCACGUGGACCUAUCUACGCAAUACAUCGCGUGGAUCGUAUUCGCCUACCUGACUGCCUUGCCCAUUUGCCUGCUCGUCUCCUUCGCCCUGAUCCUCAUCUUCCGCUGGAUCCAUCUGCUGUCCGCACUAAUCAUCACUCUCGCUUACGUCUCUGUCAUGAUCAUGAUUGCUCUCAUCAUGGCUAUGUUCAAUAGUACAGCGUGGAUCGCAUGUCUUUGGACGAUACUGUUUACGUUCCUGAACACAUUCCUGGCAGAAAUGCUAGUGCACCACGAAUACGACCAGAAGCAUAUAGCUUUAACCUUCAUAUUGCACCUAGUAUUGCCACCCUUGGGGUUAGUGCACGCACUAAACGAAUUCGCUAUGCUGCAGACAGGACGAGGCUCAUCACUGGAUUCUAAGCCAUCAUUAUUUUAUACAAUACUGUCGUGGAGUGCGAUGAAUUUACUUUACUUUGCCAUUCUGAUGAUUAUGCAGAAGACGGUAAGAGACAGAGCUCUAGGCGGAGCUGUCUCUUUGAAAUCGAUUAUAUUCAAGAAAAUGGAGGACACUAAUAAGUUACGACCUAUUAAAACGCCGAACGGCCAUGAGAGGGCAAUGUUGCAAGAAGUCGAUGAAUUAGUGGCCAAGGCUAUAUGUUUCCGUAACUGUUCAAAGAAAAUAUUGAACGUGCCUAUUCUCAGUAACAUAACGAUGGACAUCUACCGCGGAGAAUUUACUAUACUAUUCGCAGAACGCAUUCAGGACAGAAUGAUUCACACCAUCGAAGACUUGCUAACAGGUUUGACGAGCCCUGAUGAAGGAACCAUCACAGUGCUUGGCCACGCCGUCACGUCGGACAGGAGCUUCAUGUCCAUGCCUUACAUGAUGGGAUACUGCCACGACCUCAAAAUCCUCAUCGACGACUUGACAGUUGAAGAGCAUUUGACUUUGUUUACUGAGGUGGGAAUUAGAUAA